AUUAUGCAAUGUUAUUAUUGGUUUAUUUAAAAUUCUUGAAGCUGACAUAACCUCAAAGUAACUCGAAAAAUUCCAAAUUUCCCAACCUUGUUGUGCCCUAUUUAGUAUUUUUUUAGCAUACUGAAAGGUUUUGAAAUAUUUUAUCGGUUAUAAAUUGUUAAAUAAAAGGUUUUUGGUUUUAAUCAAAUGCCCCAGUGACAAAUAGGUGAAGUUUUACUGAAAGAUAAGUGACGAGUGAAAAAAGUCGUAAGUUGCACUAUUAUUGAAUAAAAUCCAUAUGAAUUAUGGUUAUUCAAUGGAAUGCGGCUAAAUUGAAGAAUCUAUGAACUUUUCCAGUCGUUUUUCAUUACGUAAUUCCCGGCGUUUAAGAAAAUGUUUCGAGCCAGACAGUUGUCAAGUUUGUUGACAAAUUUUCCGAUUAAGUCGAUAUGCACAGCAAAAUCCCCAAUAGAAACUAUUAGCAUUAAUUUAAGCAAAAAUCUAGCAUGUAGUCGUUUUUACAGCAGCCAAAAAGAUGACGAUAAGGUAUGUGAUAAAGACCCACCUGAACCUGCAACCCCCAAAGGCCCCAUACCCAAAAACGUCAACAUUAAGGAUUGUAAGGCUGUUGACGUUAAUUCCUUUUAUCCUUCCCGUCCUGUAGAUACUAAAUCGAAAAUACCCUCGAUACAAGACUGCCCCACUCCCAACAUAAUGAGCGAUAUACCAGGGCCUCAGUGCGGUUAUGAAGAUGAGGAUAAUAAAAAUAGGAAACAUAACAGAAAAGUGCUGAUUUUUGGCUUGCUUUUUACUGCUCUUACUUUGGGAGGAGUUUAUUAUGUUGGUUUAAUUAAUAAGCCCAGUAGUGAUAAAAUUGUCAAAAAAAAGAAGAAGAAAGAAAAGUUUAGAAGUCCGGCUAGUUCAGCUGAUAUACCAAAAAAAGUACCGUAUUUGUUGAUUGGGGGUGGAACAGCUUCGUUUUCUGCCUUCAGGGCUAUAAAAUCCUCAGAACCUACUGCUAAGGUUUUGGUUGUUAGUGAAGAGGCCUAUUAUCCUUACAUGAGGCCCCCAUUGUCAAAGGAAAUUUGGUUUAAUGACGAUAAGGAUUCAGUGAAAAAAUUAAUUUUUAAACAGUGGAAUGGAUCUGAAAGAAGUUUGUUCUAUGAGCCUGAAGACUUCUACAUUGAAUGCCAAGACCUGAUGGACGCACCGAAUGGCGGUGUUGCCGUAGCCAGAGGCUGGAAAAUCACAAAGUUGGACGUUUUAGAGAAAAAAGCGUAUCUCGAAGAUGGCAAAGAGAUCAGCUACGACAAAUGUCUUGUGGCGACAGGUGCCAAAACAAAAAAGAUGGCGGUGUUCGAAAACUCUGCGUCGUCGGACGAGGAGAUCGCGAACCGCGUGAAAUACUACAGGGACAUAAAGGACUUCGAGCAGGUCGUCAAGCUGUUCGAUCGUUCGAAAUCGAUCGCCGUUAUCGGCGGGGGAUUUUUGGGCAGCGAGCUGGCCUGCGCCCUGGCGAGGAAAGACAAGAACGCCGAGAAGGAGAUCGUGCAGGUGUUCAGAGAGAGCGGCAACAUGGGAAAAGUGCUGCCGGAAUACUUGAGCUUUUGGACCACCGAUAAAGUUACUGCAGAAGGUGUGAACGUGAAAACUAACGUGGAAGUGAUAAGUGUGCGCAGUAAAGACAGGCAGCUGGUUUUGACCUUGAACGACAAAAGCACCCUGACUGUUGACAACGUUAUCAUAGCAGUCGGCGUGGAACCAAACACCGACUUGGCGGGAAAGAGCGAAUUGGAGGUGGACCCCGAAUUGGGGGGCUAUUUGGUCAACAGCGAGCUCCAAGCUAGGAGCAGCCUGUACAUAGCCGGUGACUGCUCGUGUUUCUACGACCCCCUGCUGGGCAGGCGCAGAAUCGAGCACCACGAUCACGCCGUGGUGUCCGGCCGACUCGCCGGCGAGAACAUGACCGGCGCCGCCAAGCCGUACAACCACCAGAGCAUGUUCUGGUCGGACCUGGGGCCGGACGUGGGCUACGAGGCCAUCGGCAUCGUGGACAGCUCGCUGCCCACGGUGGGCGUGUUCGCCAAGGCCACGUUCAAGGACAACCCGCAGGCGGCCGUCACCAAAACCGACGAGUGCGACAGGUCCAAGAUGGAGGAGGUGCCCAAGGAUUGCUACAAAAGCUUGACCGAGCAGCAGGCCGCGGAGCUGAGGGAGAUCAGGAGGGCUCAGAGCAAGCCCAACGAGAAGGAGGGCGAGGAUUUCGGCAAAGGCAUCAUUUUCUAUCUCAAAGACGACAUUGUGGUGGGCAUUGUACUGUGGAACGUUUUCAAUAGGAUGUCGACGGCAAGGCAGGUGCUUAAGGCCCAAGAAAAAUACGAAAAUCUCAACGAGGUCGCCAAACUUUUUAACAUUCACGAGGACUAAACUCAUUCAUAGACUGUUUUUUUCUUUGUAUUUUUUUUAAGUAUUUCGCCGUUACAACUACCUCAACAACUGACGGUACACAUUUUUAUUGUCAAGGGCCACAUGUUUCAUUUUCAAUACCUUUGAUCUUAUUAUUUUUACUAUUCAAUUUGUUUCUAUAAUGUAAAUAAUAUACACCCACCUGAAAUGGUAUUUACCUUGUAAUUCCCUAAUAAAUGUUUUUUAAACGAGA